UAAAGUGUGAAAUGUUGAUUGGAAUUUCAGAGCCUGCCAGCUACUUAUCAUCUUUCAUCAAGCAGUGUAACAAUUUCAAGCCAACAGAAAUUUGAAGCGUUGGCGUUGGUUGUAGAUUGGUAACUUUAGUUCAUUUCUAACGAUCGGAAUCUACUGUAUUGACGUUAGAUCGUACGAACAGGAAAAACAUGUCGGCUACAUUUAAUAUGAAACUGUGGACAGUACUAUAUUUAUUCAUAUCGUUUAACAGAUCUGUAAUUACAAUGGCCAAAGAAAUGGAGGAACCAGUCUGUACAUCUAGAUUCGACUACGAAUAUAAAAUGUUACAUAAAAUGGUGAUGCUGGAAAUAUAACAAAACAAAAUAAAGGACUUAAUGGCAGAAAUGAACAAGCUACCAAACAUACUGAAAGAAGAGAGCCUUCAAAAUCGAGCAACAGUUGACCGUGUAGAAAAAAGGCUGAAAGAGAUAGAUGCAAAAAGGUCGUUCGGUGGGACAGGAAACACAUACGUCCGCUGGGGUAGAACACAAUGUCCCGGAAAUGGGACAGAAAUGGUGUACAAGGGGUAUGCAGGUGGUGGACGUUAUAACAAACAAGGUGCCGCAAGCAAUUAUUUAUGUUUACCUGAGGAACCAGUGUGGGGAUGUGUACGAAGAUUCAGAGCAGACAGCUGGGACGGUCUAUGGAGCAGAGUACGAACUCUAUAGUAGAAAUAUGGAUAAGUUCUUUGGAAAGGCCUUGCUUAACAAAGAUGUACCAUGCUGUGUGUGUAGGACAAAGCGACCCAGUGUUAUAAUGUUACCAGGUCGAAACAUCUGUUAUGACGGUUGGACACUAGAAU